AUGUCUACGCCUCAGCAACUUUACGCAUGGCUGUUUAUGUUACUGUCAGCAGCACUUUUCCAUUUCUCCAAUGGUGGGGUGGCUGGCAUCGGCACUGCUUCCAGCUACGGCCCUCCAUACUUGCCGACGGCUUGUUAUGGUAAUGAUCAAUCACAGUUCCCGUCGGACGGCCUGUUUGCGGCGGCCGGGGAGGGGAUAUGGGAUAAUGGUGCAGCCUGUGGAACGCACUACCGUGUGAGAUGCUUAAGUUCAAGGGAAAGUCAAGCUUGUAUUGCUGGAGGCAAAGUUGUUACAGUCAAGAUUGUUGAUAAUGCCAGAACUUCUGUGUCUCGUCCUUCUGCUCCUUCAACCAUUGCCCUUUCUAAGACUGCGUUUACAGCCAUUGCAAAUUCAUCUGCCGGAUCUCUUAACAUUGAAUUUGAGCGAGUCUAGAGGAAAGAGUAUUGCAGCUUGGUUUCGCCUGGAAAUAUUUGCUCAUAACAUGUGGAGGCUCCAAUGUUUCACUAUAGGAAUG